AUGCCAGGUCCCUCAUCCACCGUCGGCAUCAACAUACCUAUAACCCGCAGAGACCUCUUCACCAUCAGCGAAAGCCCCACGCGUCUUGGUCCAGACACCCCGACUAUGGUGAAGGUUGGCAGAGCAUUGGCCACCCGCGUCUUUCAGGCCGUCAAGGAUUCGACUUACCAUGAAUCUACGGGACCAGGCAAGAUCAAAGUGCCACUUCCGAUGUUGACUUUCGUCAAUAUCACCAGGAACGAGGUCGGUAGGACAGAGAUGGAGCAGCUCGCAAGACGGAUCAGGACUGCUGUCUUCAAGGCGUUCAAGGAUACGGAGUAUGUACUGCCGCCUUUUGGGGAGCUGGAUGACGGGGCUGCGAGGAGGUCGAGGGCUCUAGGGGCCAAGGAGACACUGCUGGAUCAACGCAACACCACUACCACAAGCAAUGUUCCAGGACCAAAAACAACAGCCAGAACACCUUUCCAACCCAGAUCCUGCGCCUCCGAGCGACGCCAAGCCAAAGAAACCGUCCCCUGCGACGAAGGCCUCAGAAACGUCCGACAGAUGGUAGGCAAGACCAAAUUGGAGAAGCGCCGGGAUCCAAACUUCGAUCCGACAGCGUUCCGCGGGAAGAUGGACGGACUGAAAGAAGAUCUGCUCAGAGCCUCUGACAAUUUGAACGACAUAGCGAAGACGAAGGAAAUUGUUCGCCAUGCAGGGGAGAAAGCAAGGGCUGCUGCAUUGCCUUCUGACAUGGGAGAGAGUAGUGGACCUGUCAUUCGUAAGCGCAAGGUGCGGGAGCCUGCGUUGGAUAGCGCUUCGGUGAAGAGGUCGAAGCUGGAAGAGUCGGAUCAGCGUCGCAUCGAUGAUUUUUUCGGUGUGAGUAAGCUAGCUCAAGCAGAACAGCAUGCGCCGAUGCCCGAAGCAGCCACCGAACCGCUCCCACCACUGGAGCAGAUCUCAUACCCCUGGGACCUGGUAAAGGGCAAGAACUGUCGCUACCUUUGCAGACACAUUCAUGAGGAGAAGCCAGUCGAGUGGCGCUACCUCGUCGUCACCAACGCCAUCUCCACAGAGCAAGUAGGCGGUGCUUUCUGCAAGCUCACUACGAUCAAAGAGUUACGAGACUGCGUCGGACGCAUUCUGCACCGCAGGCAGAAUAUGAGCAUGUACCAUCGAGGAAAGUUCAUUGCGAGAUCGGCAGACUGGAAGAGACUCGAUACCAUCAAGAUGAAGGAUAAGGAAGACCACGAACUUACGGUCACUUCGGCCGAUGAUGCCAAGGUCCGGGGAUGGUGCUGA